AUGUUGUCCUUGUUGAUCAGAGCAAAUACUCUCAGCUACUCGAUGACCAGCAGCAGCGGCAGCAACGGGUCGUCGAGCCACAAAGCGUUCGUGUGUCUACGUUGCGGCAAGAGCUAUGCCUGGAGAGUUUCCCUGUACCGACAUUUGCGAGAGGAGUGCGGUAAACCGCCGCAAUACAGCGCUUCCGUCUUCUACAUUUCAGGUAGAUACUCGCCGAAGAAGCUGCUAAAAAGGCAGGACAACCUACCGAAGCUGUUCCCUUGCCACCAAUGCGACAAGUCCUACAAGAACAAGGGCAGCCUGAAGCGCCACUUGCAAGUCGAGUGCUACAAGGAGCCGAAGUUCAUCUGCGACAUCUGCCAUCGGGGCUUCAAGCAGAAAGACAACUUCAAGCGACAUGCCUUUACCAUCCACGGCAUCUCCUUCAUGAAUGUUCGCCCGCCUCGGGAGAGUCGUAUCGCGAUGAUACGGCCUAAGCCGCAUCGUCCGCAAUCGACAAUUGAAGAAGAUCAAUGCUUCAAGGAAGAGAUCGAAAGAGGUAUAAUCACGGUACCAACAGUGGAAGAAAAACAAGAAGGAGAAGAAGAAAUUCGAUUUCGUUCCUAUGAGCCGAACCGACAUAUAGCGAUCUAUAGCGAUUUUCUCUUUCUAUUGGGAAACAAUUUUCGUCGCGAAAAUCAAAUUCUCGCCAAGUGCCGCGUCGAGUGCGCAUUAAUGAUACCACGAAUUUUGCUUGCAGGUCGAACCGAACGGGCGCAACCGAGAAGCAUGCUAGCGCACAUAUUCCGGAAGCCGUACCCCUGCUCCAAGUGCAACAGAUCCUACACUAACAAGAGCACCUUGAACCGUCACCUGCGGGAGGAAUGCGGCAAGAUGCCGCAGUACAUGUGCCGCUAUUGCCACAAGGCGUUUCACCAGCGGUCCAACUUUCAGCGACACGUGUGGACUGUUCACGGCUACGUUCUGUGAUCCCGCGAUUUUGGAAACGAUCGACUCGUGAAUCGUUGACGGUCUCAUAUGUGACGAUUGCACCGAUCUCGAUCACUAAUUAUCGAUUUAAAUAGAGCUGAACAAGUUCUCACUUGUGAACAUGACAUUUCUUUUUUUUUCUUUUUGUCUCUUAGGUGCGAGAGCUACGAGGAACGACGUGUUUAUUAAACUUUUCUCUUUUCUUAUACCGUUAGUAAUCUGGAUGAAUGUAGCAGUGAUUUCGAGAGUAUCAACAGCGCUUGAACGUCGUUCCUCUUUGUUGAAAUUAUUGAACUAUGGCGCAUGUGUGUGCGUAUAUGUAAUGUUCGAAUCACGGCUGACUAAGCACGUGCUCGUCACCGAGUGAGUGUAAAUUUGUUGAAAUUUUUACAUUGCUUUGUAAAAAAGCACGACAUUUGUUAUUCAUUAUUUUAAUUUAUUAUGAGGAGAUGAAAUUUUUUUUAUCUUAUUAACUAGUGAAUUAGUUAUAAUUAGUUUUUACAUUCUUGAGAUGUGAGAGUCAAUUAACGUAUCAUAUUGUGAAAGCCAGAAAAAUUCAGUUUUUAUUUAACAAAUUUAUAAAAGAACACAGAAGCUUGUGAAUAUACAAGAGAUCUGAAGAUAGGCUUGAAAUCCAGAAGAACAUUAGCUUGCAAUGAAUCUUAUGCUCAAAAAAGGACGAAUUUACUUUUAUCUUUAUAGCCAUAUGACUCGAUCAUGUAAUGAUUGAGUUUAUUACAGAAUGUUUUUGAGAAGAGAAACAAAGAGAGAGAUAGAAUCAGAAGGAAAGAGGAAGGGGGAAAGAGAGUAAGAUGAAAGACUGAGCAUAAAUUUGUUGAAAUCUCUAUACUGCUUUGUAAAAAAGCACGAUAUUUGUUGUUCAUUGUUUUGAAAUAAGAGGACGAAUUUUUUUUGAUACUGUUAACUAGUGAAUUAGUCAUAAUUAGUUCUUUCACACUCUUAAGAUGCGAGAAUUAUUAAUUGACGUAUCAUGUUGUGAAAGUCAGAAACAUUAAUUUUUUAUUUAACAAAUUUAAGAAAAGAGAAAAGAAGUUUGUAAAUAUACAAAAGAUCUUAAGACAAGCUUGAAAUCAAGAAAAAUGGCUACUUGCGUCAGCAAUGUCAGCAACGAAUCUUAUGCUCAAAAAAGACGAAUUUACUCUUAUCUUUAUAGCUAUAUAGCUCAAUCAUGUAAUGAUUGAGAUUAUAUUAUAGUGUUUUUUAAAAAUAAAAAAAGAGAG